AUGACUAGUACGGAAGAAAAUAGAAUACAAUUUAAAAAAAGAUCAAGGAAACCACUAAGGAAACGACAGGCUUCAUCAGAUGAAGAUGACAACGAAAGUGAAGAAGCAUCUGUCAGAGAAAAAGUUGAAGAAAUGAAAAUUAUACAAAAACUUCGCGAGCGUCCGAAAGGAGUAAACGUUGUUGGAUUAGCUCUUGGGGAAAAUGUAACACCUGAUGUAAUGACAUCAGAUCCUUUUAAUGUAAAAACUGGAGGGAUGGUAAAUAUGGCUGCAUUAAAAAAUACAAAAUUAAAACAAAAUGAUGCAUAUGAAACAGGAAUUGGUACACAGUUUAAUGCAGAAACUAAUAAAAGAGACGAAGAUGAGGAAAUGGUAAAAUAUAUUGAAGAAGAAUUAUCAAAGAGGAAAAGUAAAAAUGAAGACAAAACAGAAAAUGGAUCCAAUAGUGAGAAAGGAUCUUAUUGUUCACCAGAAGAAGCAGCUUUGCAAGCAGUACCUGAACAUUUAAGACAAAGUUCUGCACAUAGGAGUGAAGAAAUGCUUUCAAAUCAAAUGUUAUCUGGCAUUCCAGAGGUAGACCUUGGAAUAGAAGCAAAAAUUCGUAAUAUUGAAGCUACAGAAGAAGCUAAGUUAAAAUUGCUGUGGGAUAGACACAGAAAGAAAGAUGGUCCCUCUCAGUUUGUACCAACAAAUAUGGCUGUGAAUUUUGUACAACACAAUAGAUUUAAUAUAGAAGAUACAGAUUUUCAAAAGUCAAAACAAGAUUCUGAUGAUAAAAAACAGAUUGCAGCUCCUCGUGAUGAUUAUAAAGGAAAACGAAAAGAUAAUGGAGAAAAAGCAACUGAUGAUUACCAUUAUGAGAGAUUUAAAAAACAAUUUAGGCGAUUUUAA